CAUCAUCCAUUGUUGUCACAAAUGUUGUGUCCAAAUCCCUAAUCAGUGGGACUUCAGCUGCACCAACUACUUCAGCUGCACCAACUACUUCAACAAUUGCCACCUUGUUAACUACAACAGCCUCCCCAACUUCUGAGCCAAAAAUCUUGUUGGUGUUCAAAUUGUUGCAGAAUUUUACAGCACAGCUUUUAAACAAAUCUUCACCAGAAUUCAAAGGAUUGGAGAACAGAGUGUCCAUAGCUCUCAACCAAGUCUAUUUAAGUCAAUAUGGAGAUAACUUCAACAGAACUGUGAUCAACGGUUUCAGUCAAGGAUCCAUUGUAGUGGACGCUGAGCUGAUAUUCAAUGAUGCCAGCUCACUGCCAAGUGCCAGUUCUGUGGCUGACACUUUGGUGUCUGCUGCUUCUAGCUCCAAUUUCUCUCUCAGCGUCAACACAUCAUCCAUUGUUGUAACAGCUGUGUUGGCACCAACUCAAACCACUGCCACAACGCUGUAUUCAACGUCGAUUACCUCACUGAGGAGUUCAACUUCAGCUGUCAAAGAGACCAUAUCUGCAUCUUCUUCAUCUUCUCCAACUGAAACUUCUACUCUAGUUUCCCCAAGUCAAGAACCAACUAGUACAACAGUCCCAGCAGUCAACACAUCUUCUUUCCCAACCUUUAACACUUCAGUGCCAUUGGGUUCAACUCUAUCACCUACCACUUCAAUGUUACCAACACUUAAAACAACAGCAGCAAAGGAAGAGAGUACGGCAAAAACCACAUUAAAUCAGCAGGCGACAUCACAGCUAGUCAAUAAUACUGUUUCAGCAGAUGUCACUUCACCACCUGUUAAAACCACUGCAGCACAAGGCGUCCUAUCAUCAGUAGCACUCAAAACUACCUUACCAACGCCCAAGUCAACUUCAUCGGCCAUAACAACUCCAAAAGAAACACCACUUAUCAAUGAUACCUCAUCAGCAGCAACUACAGUUACAACAACUACUGCCUUGGAAAAGACCACUACAGCUGUGCCUGUUUCAGAGGCAACAGUCAAGUUGGAAUUUAAAAUGCUACAAAAUUUUACAACAGAAUUGGGAAAUGAAUCAUCAACACAAUUUAAGACUUUGUCGGACAAAGUAACAACUGCGCUUGACAACGUCUACUCAAAGGAAUAUGGUGAACGAUUUAGUCGAUCUGUUGUCAAUUCUUUCAGUGAAGGUUCAGUUGUGGUAGACGCUGAGCUUAUAUUCAGCAAUGCCAGCUCAGUACCAGAAACAAGCGCUUUGGUCCGAGUUCUGGUGGAUGCAGUGUCCAACAGUUCCAACUUCUCCCUUUCAGUUGAUCCAAACAGCAUUGUUGUGAAAGGUACAUCAACAACCACACCAUCAGCUCCUACCACUACAACUCUUCAUCAAACUACUGCCGCAAAUGCUACAGUGACUCCAUCUAAUGCUCUUCGUACUACAGCUGCCUCCCCUGCUGUUGCCACUGAUGCACCUUCUAGUACAACAGCUGCCCCUACCACAGAACAAGCUGCUAUGACAACAUUAACUACAGAAACCACAACCAUUGCUUCAACAGAUCCACCUUCAUCCAGUGAGGGCACACUGGGUCUUCAGUUUAAGCUUAACCAAACGUUUACAUCGGAUCUCUCUAACUCAUCGUCUAUAGCAUAUAAGACUCUGUCCAUAACAGUGACCUCUGAGGUCAACAAAGUUUGUCAGAGAGUCUUUCCAUCAACUUUCCGUCGAUCAAUUGUUGAUAUGUUCACGAGAGGUUCGGUGGUUGUUGACAUGACGCUUGUUUUUAAAGAUAAGUCCUCAGUUCCUUCAGCAAGCAGCACAACCGCACAACUCAGCAGUGGACUCGCAAGCAGCUCUACAUCCCUGAACAUUGUAUCAGGCAGUGUUGUUGCAUAUACGUCAACAUCGAAUAGUCCUCCUCGCCCUACAGUGGCCCUCCUGGCAGUCUUAUCUCUAUCACUGGCAGCUGUGACAUAUAUGCUAACCAGACCAUAGCUGGAUCCCAAGACUAGCACUUACUGGAUGAAUGGCAGUAUUAGUGGUAGUGGUAUUAAGGGUUGCAGCUGGAGACCUAAACAAAAUGACAUUAUGCAGUUUUGUAAGAACUGGUGUUUCUUCCCAUUGAAUAUUCAGAUUUUUUAUAAUAUGAUCUUCUAACAUCCAGUGCGUAUUGAAUGAACCUGAAAUUAGGGAACCCUUUUUUUUAUUUGAUAAAAAUACAGAUCCAAGCCAUUAAACUGCUUGUGCAGAGUUCUUUACCUAUGCUUUCCUCACCUGUGUGACAGUUGAAGUAAAACAUCAUGCCCAUUAUAACUCAAUAAAGUUGAUACCAAUCAGUUGAACAAUGCCUAGAUCGCAACCAAUAUCUGAUAUCAGAUCAGGACAUGUCUAUUUAAACCAGUUCAUAAAUGUAUUUAAAAUUCUUCUAGUAUAUACUAUCAAUGUAAAAAGAUGCAUUCAGUAAUUCAGUUGUUGUCUUGCAGACUUGAAAUCGCCUGUUUUGUAAGGUUAGGACAAAUUGUAACAUGUGACAGAUUGCUGUGAGCCUUUCAGUAUAUACUGAAAUAUUAUGUUAUCCUUGUUAAGACCUCUCCACAUUGAUUUCACUAAUCGUCUGGUGUUUACUGUAAUAGUAUGGCUUACCUGCUGCUGUUAUAAGCCAGUGCAGAGACUAAUAUCAUCAGGUAGACCUUUGCUGCCUUCUCCUACAUCAGGACCUGAUGCUGCUGAAGACUUCACUUUUGCUGUGAACCUCUAAACCUCUAAACUCCUUGCUACAGAAUCAGUCAAACCUUUUUCACCACUUCUCAGAGCUUUUUGAAAAAUAAUAAAAUGUCCCACAUGUCUUAUUUGUUUUAUUAUUUGUAUUUUUUAUCUUCUUUUUUUCAUGGCAAUUUGAGGUUUUAACUUAUGCUAUAUCUACAUUGGUUUCAGUCAUGUGAUAUUGUGUGCUUCAUUGCAGUCCUGAAAUGUUUUGGCCCAGAUCAACUGUAUAAAAACUUUUUAUAUCUUAUUACUUAUUUUCA